AUGGCACCCGGAGCACUGACAGACGACUCUCCAUCCACGCCGUCUUCGGACCGGCCCCGCAUCCUCGUCCCGGAGAAGGUCUCAGCGGACGGGCUUGCACUCCUCCAAGAUCUAUACGAUGUAGACAGCCGCACGGGGCUCACUCCCGAUGAGCUCAUUGCACUGAUCCCCUCAUAUCAUGGCCUAAUCGUCCGUUCUGAGACAAAAGUAACAGCCCCAGUCCUCGCCGCUGGACGCAAAUUGCGUGUAGUUGCUCGUGCUGGUGUGGGUGUCGACAACAUCGAUGUCGACGCGGCUACGGCUCAGGGUAUAAUCGUUGUCAAUUCCCCUGCUGGCAACAUUGUCGCGGCCGCCGAGCACACGAUAGCUCUACUCUUAGCUACAGCUCGUAACGUAGGACGAGCCGACGCCAGCCUCAAGGGCGGGCGAUGGGAAAGGUCAAAGCUAGUCGGCGUGGAAGUCGGGCGGAAGAUACUCGGCAUCAUCGGCCUAGGGAAGGUGGGUAUGAAAGUUGCACGCAUGGCCAUUGGGCUGGGGAUGAAGGUGGUUGCCCUCGACCCGUACGCCAGCGCGGAUAUUGCGCGUCAGGCCAAUGUCCAGCUCGUAGGCAAACUCAGCGACCUACUACCCGUGGUGGACUUCCUGACCAUACACACCCCGCUGCUGGCGAGCACGCUGAACUUGUUGGGGGAAGAGGAGUUCCAGACCAUGAAGAAGACGGCAAGAGUCCUAAACGUGGCUCGGGGUGGCGUCUACAAUGAAGAUGCUCUAGUGAAAGCACUCGAAGAGGGCUGGAUUGCUGGCGCCGGCAUCGAUGUAUUCACUGCCGAGCCCCCUGCCCCUGAGUCGGCGGCAGCGCGGCUGGCAGCUCAUCCCAAGGUCGUGGCCACGCCCCAUCUUGGUGCUUCUACAGUGGAAGCACAGGAGAAUGUGUCUUUGGAUGUGUGUACGCAAGUCCUUGAGAUUCUUCGCGGCGGCUUGCCGACGGCCGCUGUGAACGCCCCGCUCAUUCUCCCGGAGGAGUAUCGCAAGUUGCAGCCGUUCGUACGCCUAGUCGAGCGCAUGGGUGGGCUUUAUACACAGCAUUUUGUGGGCGGCAAAGGAGGCAUGAUUGGCGGGCGCAAGUUCGAGCUCAUCUAUCACGGUGAGCUGGCGAGCGUCUCGAAUACUCGGCCGCUCUUUGCGGCGUUAGUGAAGGGGCUCAUGUCAUCGAUCAGUGACUCGGGAGGUCGAGACGUGAACAUUGUCAACGCAACGCUCAUUGCCAAGGACAAGGGCAUCACGAUCAACGAGACACACACCCGCGAGUCGAAAGACUCUGUGUAUGCCUCGCUAGUCACGCUACGAUCAUCAGACGGCGGCGCGGGCGGCGAGCAAGUCAUCGAGGGCUAUGUCUCUGGGCAGAACAUCUACAUUGCGAAGCUGGACCGGUUCACGGCCAAUUUCACGCCUGAGGGCACGCUGGUGGUUCUGCACAACUAUGAUGAGCCGGGCAAAAUUGGGAAUGUAGGGAUGAUUUUGGGCCGACAUGGCAUCAACGUGACGUUUAUGCAAGUUGCUAGUCUUGACUUGCAGACGAAACUGGAGCUGGCGAAGAAGGCCAGAGAUGCACCUGUCAUAGAGACUAGCUCAGGUGAGGGCAAUGGCAAUGGGCGCGCAAGAAACGGGGAAAAUGAGGCGUUGAUGAUUCUUGGUGUUGAUGGUGAAGUGACGAAGGAGGUGUUGCAGGACCUAGGAAAAUCUGAGGGCAUAUUGGAUUAA